AUUAUCUAUGAGUGAAACUGGGUGAGUUAGCUGAGCUUGAUUCUUGACAGCAAUGGCUGCUUCUCUUAUCUCUAUCUUCCAGCCAAAUCUCUCAUCCCGUAGAAUUACCAUAAAGCCCCUUGCUGUUCUCAACAAAUCCCACAAAAUGAGGAUUCCCUACGAGUUAAAGCAGGCGCAGACUCGUUUCUUCCACCAGCUUCCUUCUGGGUUGAACAUAGAGGUGAUUGAGCAAAAGGGUACAGUAGGCAAUAGUAAUACGGACACAGAUAAGAGAAGCAGUGAAAACCCACCUCUGGUUUUUGUUCAUGGAAGUUAUCAUGCGGCUUGGUGCUGGGCUGAGCACUGGUUCCCUUUCUUUUCAAGCUGUGGCUAUGAUUGCUACGCCCUUAGCCUGUUGGGUCAGGGUGAAAGUGAUGGACCUGUUGGUUCUUUUGCUGGUUCUCUACAGACACAUGCAGGUGACGUUGCUCACUUCAUCCAGAAAAAUCUCAAGUUGCCACCAGUGUUGCUUGGACAUUCAUUUGGGGGGCUAAUCAUUCAGUACUAUAUUGCAAAUAUUAGGAACGAAAAAUUGAUAGAAAUGAAGAAGCUGUACCCUGUUCUCGCUGGAGCUGUGCUUGUCUGUUCUGUACCUCCUUCGGGUAAUAGUGGGUUAGUGUGGCGGUAUCUCUUUUCCAAGCCUAUUGCUGCUUUUAAGGUGACACGCAGCUUGGCAGCUAAAGCUUUUCAAACUGAUCUUUCUCUUUGUAGGGAAACAUUUUUCACAUCAACAAUGGAGGAUCAUCUGGUGAUGCGUUACCAGGAACUAAUGAGAGAAAGUUCAAGGAUGCCAUUGUUUGAUCUCCGGAAGCUGAAUGCAUCACUUCCAGUACCUUCAGUGCCAAAAUCUUGCAUGGAAAUCCUUGUGGUGGGAGCAAGUGAUGACUUCAUAGUGGACGCCGAAGGACUUCAAGAAACAGGAAGAUUCUAUGGGGUAUCACCAGUCUGUGUUGAAGGAGUUGCCCAUGACAUGAUGUUAGAUUGCUCCUGGGAGGAAGGCGCAAAAGUUAUUCUCUCCUGGUUGAAUGGUUUGAGCAGAUAAGAUCUUAUGUCAUUCGAAAGAACUCAUCCAUGAUUAGCUUGCCAUUUUGGUAAUUUCCUCUGAAACUUGUGUAUCCAGGCAUUGACCAAGAAUAAACUGGUUUAAUGGUUUAAUCUGAGCUUGAAUUUCCUUU